CAAGGUACCGGCGAUGUUAUCGGUGAGCCCCUGCUAGUGAGCAGGCAUUCCCUACUGCAGUUCACAUCAUGAGGUUUAGUUGUUCUCUCGGUAACACGGGUCAGCUUUGUGCUAAGUAUGGGAAACAAGUGGUUCGUCAUAACAGCACAGAUGGUGGGAGUCUGCCACAGCAGGCCCGUGUGGUUGUGUGCGGUGGUGGCGUGAUUGGCACUUCUGUUCUGUAUCAUCUCACGGAGCGAGGAUGGAAUGAUGUUGUGCUAUUGGAACAAGGAAGGCUGUCAUGCGGCACCUCAUGGCACGCCGCUGGACUUGUCGGUCAAAUCAAGGCUGGCAUAGCGGAAUCGAAACUCGCGCAGUACUCGCGUGAACUGUACAAGAAGUUUGAAGAGGAGGGUCACGCGACAGGUUGGAAACAAUGUGGCAGCUUAAGUGUGGCGAGAACCAAAGACAGACUUAUCACCUAUCACGGGAUCGUCACACGUGGAAAGUUGCUGAGGAUAGGAGCGGAACUCAUCACACCUAGUGAAGCCAAGAAACUUGCUCCUAUCAUUCGCGAUGAUGACAUAGAGGGUGCAUUGUGGACACCUUCGGAUGGCGUUGUGAGUCCGUCGGACCUUGUCGCAACAUUUGCGAGGUUGGCCCGGAAAAAUGGCGGGGAGAUCAUAGAAGGUUGCCGGGUGGAGAAUGUCCUCACAAAGAACCUGAGGGUUGACAAGGUGCAGACGAAUCACGGCACAAUAGAGUGCGAAUACUUCGUGAACUGCGCGGGCAUGUGGUCACAUCAGCUUGCUAGGUACAUGACUCAGACUAAGAAGAUACGUGUGCCCGUUCAUCCAACAGAACACUUCUAUGUAGUCACGAAGCCUUUUGGAAUCGAUAAUAUGCUUCCGGUGAUUCGCGACCAUGAUGGUCAGAUUUACAUGAGAGAGUGGUCGGGCGGCCUGCUGGCCGGUGGCUUCGAGACGGUGGCCAAGCCCGUCUUUCACGACAUGGUGCCGAAGGAUUUCGAAUUUCAACUGCUGCCGGAGGACUGGGAUCACUUCCAGGAGCAGCUGCAGGCCGUGAUGCACCGCAUCCCGACGUUUAAGGAUGCGCAGCUGCGUCACAUGACCAACGGUCCGGAGAGCUUCACGCCCGACGGAAAGAUGGUCUUUGGGGAAGCGCCGGAGAUUGACAACUACAUCGUGGCGACCGGAAUGAACUCUCAAGGCAUCACGAUGGCGGGCGGCAUCGGCCGGGCGACAGCCGAGCUGAUAGUGGACGGGGAGUCGAGCGUGGACCUGUGGCAGCACGACGUGAAACGCUUCCUCGACCUUCACAACAACCGCAAGUUUCUCAAGGACAGGGUGACGGAAAUCGUCGGUAAACACUACUUAUUGAAUUAUCCACUAUCGGACCACAUCACCAGCCGAAAUCUGAGGACCUCGUCGCUCUACUCGUGUCUACAGGCGUGUGGCGCCAUCUAUGGGCAGUCCUGCGGCUAUGAGCGACCAAUGUGGUUUGACUGUGACUCAGAUAACGUACUAGAAUCGGACCGCUCCUUCCUAUACCAGACCGACCUGACGUUCAGGAAGCCUGUGUGGUUUGAUGCUGUUCGUGAGGAGUACAUGGCAUGCAGGCAGGGGGUCGCUCUCAUAGACAUGUCAUCCUUCACAAAGUUUGAGCUGAAGUCUGCAGGCAGAGAGGUGGUGGACUUCCUACAAAGACUCUGUUCAAAUGACGUCGAUAUCCCAGUGGGUCAUGUUAUCCACACAGGCAUGCAGAACUAUCACGGUGGCUAUGAGAACGACUGCAGUAUAGUACGCAUGGCUGAAAACGAAUACUUCGUCAUCUCGCCGUCCAUCCAGCAGACGCGCUGCAUGAAGUGGCUCCGGCGCCACCUGCCGGAGGACGGUUCGGUGAACGCCAACGACGUGUCGUCGAUGUACACAUCGCUGAACAUCCUCGGCGACAAAUCGCGCGACGUCAUGUCCCGUCUCACGGAGUCGUCCAUGCUGCCGGCCGACUUCCCUUACUUCCGCUGCAGGGUGAUAGAUAUAGGCUAUGCAACAGGCGUGAUUGCGCUGAGCAUAUCCCAUGCUGGAGAACUAGGAUGGGUUCUCUAUAUUCCUAACGAGUACGCGCUACACAUCUACAACCGACUGCUGGAUGUUGGUAAGCACUAUGGCAUCAAGCACGCUGGCUACCUCGCUCUGCGCUCACUCAGGGUGGAGAAGUUGUUUGCUCAUUGGGGUCAGGACCUCACACCAGCCACCACACCUCUCGAAGCUGGAAGGGCCUUCCGCGUGAAAUUCGACAAAGAUUUCAUUGGAAAGGAAGCUCUGUUGCAUCAGAAAAAGGAGGGCGUUUGCAAACGUCUCGUGCAGCUACAGAUCAACAAGCACGACCUGGAGAAUGAUAUCUGGCCAUGGGGCGGCGAAGCUUUCUAUAGGAAUGGCAAACUGUGUGGCACAGCAACAUCUGCUGCCUAUGGCUAUACGCUCAACAAACAGUGCCUCAUCGGGUACGUACACGACACGGAUGAGGAAACUGGACAGCUGAGGCCGAUUGAGAACGACUUCAUACUAAAGAAUGCCGAGUUUGAAGUGGAGAUCGCCGGUAAACGCUUUCCGGCGAAAGCGCUCAUAUAUUCACCGAAACUUGUCUCGAUGACAACAGCCACUAGUCAGUAUACUGCCACGCAGCCGUGGUCCAGAAAUUGAUUCCUUGUUGUAGAUGUAAAUGUCUUAUAGCUGAUAGUGCGUGGCAACCUGUCGUCUAUCAGUGAGUGCUGUUCAUAUUAUGCUAUUCAGUCGAUUGUUUAGCCAUGAUAUGAAUUUGACGCUGUGUAAAGCAAUACAGUUCAUAUUAAUACAACAUGGCUACCAGACUGCCAGAUUCUUACUAUAGCAUGUCGAACAGAUAUAGAUCUUUAGACGCAUAUAAUAACGGUUUUAUGUUGGACAUAUAUGCAUGUUGUAGGAUGGAAUUUAAUUAAUAUAACACCAGGGAAAUAUUUAUCUUAUUUAGAUGUAUUUCAGUUAACACCGAGUGAACUGACGAAUGUGGUGGAACCAUGCAGUAGCAACUGGCUUCACGUACAGUUAAAUUGACUACUUGUAAAAAUUGUGUUGCCAUUUUUUACAUUAAAAGUAAGUACUCAGUAAAAUUCUUACCUGA